UCGUUGCUGCUGCUGGCUCGUUGUUAGAGAGACCUCGGUCCUGACUUCGCGACUGGCAAACUAGGAUAUCAUCAUGAGUCCCGCGCAGAUACCCCGCGCGCCACUCACGCACUACCGCGCGCGCACGUACAUGCCAUGCUACAAGACGUCAUCUUCGUCCCCAGUCUCCCCCCCGGUCUCCUUUGGGCCCCCCCACCCACCCCCCCCCCCCUCCCUCUCCGCUCCCCCAUCCCACCGACUGGACCACCAACCAAUGGCCGUUUUCGCUUGAGCUUUCGCCAUAGGCCUUGUUACAGACUAGGUCUCUCAGCGUUGCUCAGGUCAGGUGACAGCAUCAUAGCAGCGGCUCAUGAUUUGUCGAGCAUCAUUGAAGGUUGGCCAAUGGCCACCCCCCUCAGUCUGCACCCAUGGCCAGAGGUCCUAUCUUCGCCGCGUGAUUCGCGAGCCGCUCGCGACAGGAUGGGUGGGUGGUUCACUGGUUCUUCUUCACUAGGGUCGGUCGCCUCGCCCGCCACCACUCUGGUGCUUCGCCUCCACCCGGGUGAUUCCAGAGAGUCAUGACUCACGUCACGACGGGUCACGCGUCACGUCUCACGACUCACGACUCACGCGCACAACUCGUGUUGAAGGGGAAGCGCACGCAGGGACGUCACGGGACGGGAGGGGGAGCCGACAGAGGGAGUCUAGUUUUGAGGCGCCUCAAAACUGGACGGGAGGGGGGGUCGGGGGAGGGAGGGACCUGACCGGAAGCGAGAACUGAUGACCAUGUCGACCCCGCUCCGCGGCGAGGCCUUGUUCUAGAAGAGAGCGGCACAGCCUCGCUGCGAGCGUCGAAGCGAAGCGACGACAUAGUUGUUUAUUUCGCCGAGCCUUCCAGCGACGAGUAGAAUACGAGUGAGACGCCAUGUGAAGCGCAGCACUACAGAUGCAUUAGUGAUUGCAAUUCUAAGCUCGUGUGCCAGUUUCUGCCCAUCUCUUCGGGGUCGAAUCUGGCGCUACUAACCCUAGCACUAAGCUUCCCCCGAUUUUCCGUAUUUCCCAUAUUUUCCCAAUCUCCUCGAGUUUCCCGCAUUUUCUAGAUUCCCCAUUGUUCCCCAACUACCCGUCGUCACCAUGUGCCAGCACUCCGCUCCUCCUCCUAUCGCCACGUCGCCGCCGCCUUUCGCGCCUACGUGGGCGCCAUUACCGCCUGCCGCGGCGGCAGUCGCGGCUGCGCCGUUCGAUCGUAUGGAUCUCAGUCAGUCCGCGCCCUUCUGGUCGACGCUCGUAGCCCCGCCGCUGCCGACGCCACCGCCGACGCUGCCGCCGCUGCCGCCGCAACCCCACAGCGACGCAGCAUUCGAAGCGGCGGCGGGCGCCAGAUGCCUUCCCAACCCGGCGGCGGCCCUUUUGAAAAUUGCCGCCGCCAGCGCCUCCGCUGCGGCCGCCGCAGCAACAGCAGCUCAAGCGUCCAAUACUCGCGUCGCCGCGGCAAAUUCCCAGAGGCAUUUCUACGACGCGCCGCCAUCGUGGAACCCUAGCAGCUCAUUACAAACGAAAUCCGCUACAGAUUUCACUGUUGCUACUGCAACCGGAAGCGGCGGCCGCAUGAUGGUUGCUCCCAGCAGGCAGCACGGGCCAAUGGACCCCGCAGGCGCCGUCAGCCGCGAUUCUGGUAGUGGUAGUAUUCUUGGCAAACGGGGUGUGCUGGAAUUUGCCCGCUUCUCGGACGGAUUGCCGUUUGUUGCGGGCAUUUCCGAGCUGCACGCUCUCCAACAGGAGGGAGAAACCUACCCCAGACAGAUGACUCCCAUGCAUGACCGCCUUACAGCUGCCGCCACCGCCACCGCCGCCGCCAUCGCCGUUGCGUCGGCAUCGAAUGAAGAGAAUUGCCUGCUGCUUCGCGCCUGCAACGAUCUCUGGCUCGGCGGCGGGCUGCCUGACGAGGCACAGCAGCAGCAGCAGCAGCAGCAGCAGCCGCAGCAGCAGCCGCAGCAGCAGCAGCCGCAGCAGCGGCAGCAGCAGCAGCAGCGGCAGCAGCCGCAGCAGCGGCAGCAGCGGCACGUGUGGCGUUGUCGCAGGCUGCAGACCCUAGGGACGAGCGGCGAAGCUGGCGAAGGCGUGGUGCUCCCCGAGGUCACCCUCAACAUGCCGCGGCUGGGAGGGCAUCCUCAACAUCACCUGGAGGAAGCCGCUGCGCACCGGAUCAUGGGAGAAGACUCGGCCUGUAUGAUGAGCUGGGUGGAGGCUGGAGGGGGUUACGGCAUGUUCUCGAGGAACAGUUCAUGCCAAACAGUCGUGGCUGAAGAGGAGGGUGGGAUGAGACAGCCGCGGUUGAACUCCGCGCAGCGUGAACGGUGGGCGCAGCACCAAGCCGUGGUUGAGCCUCGGGUUCCGGACCCGGAAGGCGGCAGGAGGAAGAGGCUGCGGGUGGGAGAGGAGGAGAAGCUGUCGGCGCUUCUGCUGGCAUCACACCAGGCGGUCAUCCAGCAGCAGAGGGAGCAGCUAGCCAUCCAGCAGAGGCAGAAGCUGGCGCUUGAGCAAAGUCAACAAUGGAUGCUCCCAUGCAUGUCUCAUCCAGGGCUGCAAGUUGUUGCGGCACAGCCAAUCGCAGAAAGUCCGACUUUUAAUGACGCUAACGAGCCUGCUUUUUCUGGUCCAGGGAAGGACCCUGGAGCCUAUGUUUACGCCGCCUCCUGUAGCGGCACGACGACUACCAGCUUUGGGUCUAGGAGUCCGCCUUCCUGUCCUCUGAAUCUUAACCUUAGCCUCUCGCUUUCAUCUUUGAACAGUGACGAGGUACCUAGUGCAACUGCUUGUUGACAAUGUUUCGGACUAUGGGGUUGAAGAAUCUAACCUGACACCUUUCCACCCCAUUCUCACAUGUUUAUCCUUUCUGCUUGAGUAUCAUAUCCA